AUGAAGGAGCCACCGCAGUUACUUGACGUGACUUGCACUAAAUUUAACACUUUAUCGUUAGGAUUCACGGCGCCUGGAAUCCUGCACUUGAAACUGAAUCGUCCAAAGGUUUUGAACGCCAUGAACAUGCAAAUGUGGAUCGACUUGGCUCAAACCUUUGAAAUGGUGGAAUCAAAUCCACGUAUUAAGACUGUUAUUGUAUCCGGUAAAGGCCGUGGCUUUACCAGUGGCAUGGACCUGGAUGUGUUUGUCCAGAUGCAAAACAUUGCAAUGGAAGAAUCGUGUGAAGGACGCAAACGCGAGUCCCUGAUGCAUGUCAUUGGCAAGUUUCAGAACGUCAUUUCGGCGCUGGAAAAGUGUCGAGUGCCCGUUAUUGCAGCAGUGCAUGGUCCUUGCAUUGGAGCUGGUGUCGACUUUAUCACGGCGUGUGACUUGUGCUACUCGGAUGUGAGUGCUAUUUUCUCCAUCAAGGAGGUGGAUCUAGCAAUCAUUGCUGAUCUCGGUACAUUACAACGUCUGCCUAAGCUCAUAGGUGAGCGUCAGACAAAGGAAUUAGCUUUUACAGGACGUGACGUUGGCGGACUAGAAGCGGAAAAGCUUGGACUUGUUUUGAAAGCCCUGCCUGAUCACGAGACGUUAAUGGGUCACGUGGGAGAUGUGGCCAAGGCUAUUGCCAAGAAGAGUCCUCUUACGAUACGCGGCAUAAAACAAACGAUUCACUACCAAAGGGACCACUCGACAACGGACUCGCUUCAGCAGGUGCGAUACCACAAUGCUGCCGUACUCUACAGUGACGACUUGGUGCAGGCCGUCGGUGCAGUCAUGAGCAAAUCCGAGCCCACAUUUCGCAAUGACUAG